AAUCAACACACACCUCUUCUUUCCAAUUAAUCCUCCUCCGUCGACAGCUCCUGCUCGGAUCAGAUCUCGAUAUUCAUUGUUCUUCAUCUACGUGAAUAUGGGGCUGUCAUUCACCAAACUUUUCAGUCGGCUUUUUGCUAAGAAAGAGAUGCGAAUUUUGAUGGUUGGUCUUGAUGCUGCUGGUAAAACCACCAUUUUGUACAAGCUCAAGCUAGGUGAAAUCGUUACUACCAUCCCUACCAUUGGGUUCAAUGUGGAGACUGUGGAAUACAAGAACAUUAGCUUCACUGUCUGGGAUGUCGGUGGUCAGGACAAGAUUCGACCUCUGUGGAGGCACUACUUCCAGAACACACAAGGGCUUAUCUUUGUGGUUGACAGCAAUGACAGAGAUCGUGUUGUGGAGGCUAGAGAUGAGCUGCACAGAAUGUUGAAUGAGGAUGAAUUGAGGGAUGCCGUGCUGCUUGUGUUUGCAAACAAGCAAGAUCUUCCAAAUGCAAUGAAUGCUGCUGAGAUCACUGACAAACUUGGCCUUCAUUCUCUGCGACAACGCCACUGGUAUAUUCAGAGCACUUGUGCUACUUCUGGAGAAGGGCUGUAUGAGGGAUUGGAUUGGCUUUCGAACAACAUUGCAAGCAAGGCUUGAGGAUUCGGGCAGGUCAUUUAAUAUUUGUUUGGUUGAACCAGAACCAGUCAGGAGUAUAGGUAUUUCAGCCACUACGAGUUAUGCAGGUGUUUAUUUUUACUUCUAGAUUUUGUUCUCUAAAAAAAAUUAAAGUGGCAGGAUGGAAGAUUCAGCUCUUCCUUACAUCUUGUUUUACUUUUUAGUACUGGUGUUUCUAAUAAAUAUCACGGUCUUGACUGUUAAGUAGCAUUCCCACCGUUAUGGUUUUCCUUCGUUGUUUCAUUUUUUUCCGCAAAAUUCGUUAGAUCUACUAUAGAUCAUCCAUACGUUGCUUUUGUACUGUUUGUUCGUUGCAAAUUUAUUGGACAGCAUUUGUUAUUUUGUGCCAACAAGAGAGCAAUGGUGAAUAAAACUGUUGUUCAUCA